CUGAGGGAGAAGUGUGAUGUGUGUGAGUGUGUGCAAAAAAUACCAGGAAGUUGUUCUGAGUGGGCUUUUCUGCGUCGAAUGUUGAGGGCAGAGGGAGACAAGAUUGGGUCAAGACGCAUCUCACUGUGAUAUUUACUGUGAUUCCGGGCAUUCCGGGGGUGAGAUAAGUGCGGCAAUUGGUGCUGACUUGAGAGAAGGGAGAUAUGCUGAGCCGAAGAACUCCCCUUCUGUGUCUCUUCACACCAGUUGAGGCUGCUAUGACUGAAUCGGCGCAUCUGGAGCUGUGAAACACCGUCUGAGAUCAGCUACGCUUCCAUCCAUUCUCGAACAGACGACAAGAGAUUCACACCAGGCUUCCGGACGAUGCUCAUGAUGGAGAUUGCUCAGCUUAUCGCUCUGACCGUGGCGGUGCUCGUGCAGGAGAUCUCUGGGGACAUUCUCGUGUAUCCGCAGUUUGCGAAUCAAAUUGUGGCGCAGUUUCACGACAUGCCAGCGCACUUCGGGCCGUCCUUCUCUUCGCCCGGGCUCCGGGCGGUGGCCGUGAACGCGACGCCCGCGAACGCGUGCACCGACCUCACGCCACCGCCGGCCGUGCUGAACGACUCACACCCCACAAAGUACGUUGUCCUCGUGGCGAGGUACAACUGCAGCUUCGAGGACAAGAUCAAGAACGCCCAGAAGGCGAACUUUGACGCUGUGAUUGUGUACAAUCUCGGCAGCGACGAGCUAGAGCAGAUGUCCGUGAAAGAUCCGGAUGAAAUCUUCAUUCCGGCGAUGUUCGUGGGCGAGAACACAGGCAAGAUCAUCCUGUACAAUUACCUCAAUCAAGACGGUUUCGUGCUGGUGCUGAACGAUGAUCUGCCGUUCAACAUAAACACUCACCUCAUCCUGCCCUUCGCCAUCGUCGUGGGCCUGUGCUUUGUGAUCAUGAUUGGCUUCAUGGUGGUCAAGUGCAUCCGCGAGCAGCGCCGUCUGCGACGCCGUCGCUUGCCCAGCAGUGUUCUCCGGAAGAUACCCACGAUUAAGUUCACGAAGCACGACAACUACGAGACGUGCGCCAUCUGCCUCGAUGACUACAUCGAGGGCGAGCGCCUCCGCGUGCUGCCGUGCAAUCACGCCUACCACACCAAGUGUAUCGACCCGUGGCUCACGAAGAACCGCCGCGUGUGUCCCAUUUGCAAGCGGAAGGUUUUCGGGAGGGGUGAGCGAAGACGCCCGCGUAGACAACGAUCGUCGUCGGACAGCAUGUCCUCGUCGGAUGUAGAUGACACCACGCCGCUGCUCAAUCCCGUGGGCAAUGCCACGCACGGCACGUUCGCGCGCACGCGGAGUGAGGGCCCGCCGCCCAGGGUGAAUCCCUUCGACCGCGUGCCGCCGCCGCAAGUCGUCUUCAACGAGGCCGCGGGGCCGCCGUGGGGCUUCCUGCUCAGACUCUUCCGGAGGCGCCAGUCACUGCCUGACAACGUGAGCCACAAUCCUGCGGCGCCGGGUGAGAACCAGAUGGAGAGAGGCGAGCGGCGGAUGGCGAUUCCCACACGCUCGGCGUCCAGCAACAAUAUCAUGAAUGCCAACUUGAGCGGCUCGUUGAGGAGUGAAGAUGACGACAGCGAUGACUUUUCAUUGGUGAGAGCCGCGCGGAUGGCGCAGCUGGCCGGCGCGGCGCCGGUGGAGAGGAUUGGGGUCGCGGCGCUGCCCAAUACCAAUUUCCCGGCUCAGCAGCAGCGCACGCGGCGCCAGCGCAGCAGGCAAGUCCCGCCGCGGCCCAAUCGCAGCGACGACUUCAUCGUGUGAUCGCGCGAGAGCCGCCCUCGUUCCGUGGCCGUGCACAUACAACAAGUGUCGCCCGGCGGCGUGACGGUGCGCUACGAGGUGGUGUCCGAGGUCGUGGAGAUCGUCCGGGCGCGCAGAAAGUGUGUGUGCAUGGCCACGAAGGGGGAGCUCCUGAUAGUGGAGAAGUUGGAGAAUAUUUUAUGAUAAUUGUGAUUUUAAAUUGCGAUUUUUACUAGUUGUCCACGAAAGGCGAUUGAAAGAUGAAAAAAAAGAGAAAAAAUGGGCAGAUAGAAAACACGCUCCUCUCACGUAUAUUUGAACAUAAUAUGCAUAAAACUCUACAUUAAAGUGAAAUAAAACUUUCCUUAUUUUUUUCUUUUGAUGAAUAACCAAUUAUUGAAUGAGAAAAUGUCAGCUAGAGUUGAAGAUCUUGAUGAUAGGAUUAUUUUUAUGAAAUUAUGAAAUUUUCCGUUGUUACUAAUAUAUAGUGUAAUGAUUCAUGUGUAAUGUUAUCUUUAGAAGUCGAAAUUUAAUAUAAAGAUGCAAACAUAAGAAUUCUUUAUCAUUCAUUUUCA